AUGGACAUCUUCCAGACAAUAAUUACAGGGGGAAACAUCAUCUAUAACUUCGUUGACUCGUAUGCAAAUGCAUCCGAGCGGUCGCGAUCCCUCGCGACGAGGCUGAGAUGGGAUCUCCGCGUGCUCUCACAGUUCCUCGAGUACUACGCAGCCGGAGAGGCAAAGCGGCAGUCGCAGUUGUCAAAGGACGAUGAAGAUCUUCUUGAGAAAAGUGCCGAGUAUUUGCUUGAGCUCGCGACCAAAAUCAGCGCCACCGCAGAACGAUUGCAGUGCAAGAGCCGGCUGCGCAAAGAGCUGAACAAGGCUCUGUGGUGGUAUCGCGAAGAGGAUAUUCAGCUACUUGAGCAGGAGCUGUUCGAAUGGACGACACGAUUGGAUUUGCGGUUGGUUGGCCUUCCCAGGGAGCUGAAGACGGUGGCCGAGCUCGACCAGCAGCAGGCUACCACCAACUCUCCCAACUUUGCGGCGAGCAUCAGCAUCCAGAAACUUCAGUCGGUGACCCAUCGAGCCAGAAAUGCUCUCGACGAGGCGCUAUUCAGAAGCACGGUCGAUCUUCCAGUAGAAAGCAGAGGUCCGCGAGACCACAGCCGGUUUCGGUUGAUGGAGAGUAACGGAGCGACAUUCCUGGUUGAAAGCAGAUUCCAUCAUUUCCCUAAGGACUCCAAGCAGUGGGAAGAUCUGAAAGGCGGCCUCUUGCGUCUCGCUAGCGCCCUCAGCUGCCUGGACGGAACGACGGUGAGCCUGAUGCGGUGCGAACAUCUUUUCCAUGACGAUCGCGACCCACUAGCUCCUUACUUUGGAUUCGCCAACCAACUUCCUUUCCCCGUAGUGGAUGGAUCCUGCCCGACGCUGAAAUCGCUCAUAAAUGCGAUGCAAGGCAGUGUGAGGCUGCCAGCUGCGCAUCCUAUCAACGACAGAUUCCGACUCGCAUUGUCCAUCGCUACCGCUGUGUUCUUUCUUCACAGCGUCGGAUUUACGCACCACAGUAUCGCAUCGCAUAAUGUGGUCCUCUUCGAGCGCGAACAUCUCAGCGUAGAACAGAAGUUUCCGCAUGGGCUGGGAAAAGCAUUCUUGGUGGGCUUCGAUGCGGUGAAAGAAGACUAUUCUCUCACCGAUGGCAACGGGAUUCCCGAUGCAGAUAGCCUCUACCAGCACCCAGAUCGGUUGUUUGUCGUGCCCCGUCCCAAGUACGGUGUGGUUCACGAUAUACACAGCCUUGGGAUGGUGUUCCUGGAGAUUGCUUUGUGGAAGCCGCUGGAGAGAUAUCGACCGAAACUACUGAGCCCAGACGGAGAGGUACGCGAGCAGAUCCUCAUCGAGCUAUUGCGCCUCGCUGCGAUCUCGAUGGGGAAUCGGUUCAAGACGAUGAUCAGCUGGUGUUUGGGCCGGUCGAGCGAUGAGACGGUUGACUGCUUGCGUUUCUCGAAAGAGGUCAUCGAAGGUCUGGAGGAUAUGGUAUCGGUGCUGUGA